AUGAGCGCUCUUCUACCUCAAUCAGAGGGCUUACUGCCGUUCUAUGUACUCUUCGUGGGUGUCACUGCCCUCGGCAACGCUGUACAAUGCUACACUACCAUGUCCUACACGCAGCGCCUUUACUCGGGCCCCAUCGAAGCGGGUAAGACCAAGAGACCGGCUCACGAAACCUCACCCGCCACACCUCUGUCGUCGAGGACAUUCGGAACCUGGACCUUUGCCGUUGGGUUGGUGAGGAUAUUUGCAGCGUACCAUAUGAACGAGGCCUCAUGGUAUCAAAUGCAGAUGUUGACCAACUUGGUUGGUCUCGCUCACUUCAGUAUGGAGGCAUUUGUGUACAAGACAAGCCGUCCCUGGGGUCCAUGGCUAGCUCCAGUUUGUGUGUCCGUGUUCGGGCUCGUCUGGUCCUUUGCCCAGUAUGACUUCUAUGUCAGGUGA